GAAGAUUUGAAACCAAGUGGGGACAAUGCAGACAGAUUUGUGACAGAUUGUGUGUGUGUGUAGUGGAGGAGAAAAUAUUUUACAGAGCAGGACCAUGUGGCUGGGGACUUGAAAUAUUUCUGCCCAGGGUAGAUUUACCGUAUUCUGAUGCAGUCCUCGGAUCAUAAAGCGCUGGUCAUGAGAUUCACCUGAAAAAUUAAGAUGGUGGAGGGUUGUGAAAGAAAGGAAACCAGCUGUAAAGAUCCAGGAAGGAACACUGGAGCGGCUGGUGCAGACCCAACUGAUGGCAUUCAGGGACAAUAAGCUUGCCUACACCAGCAUCUUCCUGUCCACAUACCGCACCUUCGCCAGCACGCACACCGUGCUGCAGCUGCUAGACAAUUGUUGUUCAAGGUGAUUCCUCACCACUGCCUGGGCUCCAUCUGGUCCCAGAGGGAUAAGAAACAGAACAAGCACAGUGCUCCCACCAUCCGUGCCACCAUCACCCAGUUCAACGCUGUGGCAGCGUGUGUGGUCAGCACCAUACGGCACCGACAACAGAUCUGCCCGCUUCUCAGGGCACGGGUCAUCAAGCGCUGGAUAGACGCUGGAUCGCUCAGGAGUGUCGCGUGCUUAAGAACUUCUCCUCGCUGCGUGCCAUUGUGUCUGCACUGCAGUCCAACCCACUCUACAGACUGAAGAGGGCCUGGUCCUGGGUGCCCAAAGACAGCAUGUCUUCAUUUGGGGAGCAAUCAGACAUCUUACAUCACAAACUCUACCUGACUAGCGAAGAGCUGCUGAUGAGGGAGGGCACCUCUAAGUUUGCCAAUCAGGUAGGCUGUGCUAAGGAGCACCAGAAACACACUCACCAACGAUUCCAGAGGAAAUUAGAAAUGGGUGCCAUGCAGGGGACAAUACCUUACCUGGGCACCUUCCUGACAGACCUGACCAUGUUAGAUACAGCCCGGUCAGACCUAGUAGAGGGGGGGCUAAUCAACUUUGAGAAGAUGCGAAGGGAGUUUGAGGUGAUAGCUCGGAUCAAGCUGCUGCAGUCUGCGUGUAACAGCUACUGUCUUAUUGCCAACGCUGCCUUCCUGCGCUGGUUCAAGGGCCAGCCUCAACACAGAGAGGAGGAGAGCCAUGCCAUGUCUUGUGACAUUGAAGGAGUGGGAGACAGAAGUAAGACUUUAUGCAAACUUUGCAAGGGCAUUGUCAAGAGACUUAGCCAGCAGUCGCACACAAGACGGUUGCUCUCCCUAACGCCCAUGUCCCCCUCCUCUCCCCUGCCCCCUGCCUACAACACCCAGGCCCAGGACGCCUGCAUCAUCAGAGUCAGCCUGGAGCAGGGCAACGGCAACCUCUACAAGAGCAUCAUGUUGACGAGUCAGGAUAAGACUCCAGCAGUGAUCUCUAGAGCCGUGGCCAAACACAACCUGGAGAGUGAGCCUGGGGAGGGAUACGAGCUGGUGCAGGUCAUCUCUGACGAAAGAGAACUGGUGAUUCCUGACAACGCUAAUAUGUUUUACGCCAUGAACACCUCUGUAAACUUUGACUUCCUGCUGCGUGUGCGAGGCACGGCGGGGUGGCCUGUCCAGCUGAGGAGUCGCUAUGCCUCCACACUCCCCUGCGCCCAGCAGCGUGCCAGCCUACGCCUCAGCAAGGCAGCGGGGGACCGGCUGCCACCCGGCCACACGGUGAGUCAGCUAGAAACCUGGAAGAUCCGUGCUGGAACUCUGGAGCGGCUGGUAGAGACCCUGCUGACGGGGUUCCGGGGCAAUGACCUCACCUACACCAGCAUCUUCCUGUCUACAUACCGCACCUUCGCCAGCACGCACACCGUGCUGCAGUUACUGCUAGACAAGUAUGGAAUUCCAGAGGAUAGUGAAGAACAGACUGAGCAAUGUAGAACCUCUGAAACCAAAGGAGCUGUUCGAAUUGCCCUUGCCUCCAUCUUGAGAGCCUGGAUGGGCCAGUAUCGAGAGGACUUCCAAGAGCCUCCAUCCUACCCCUGCCUCCACAGGGUGAUGGCCUACCUACAGAGGGCCCUGCCUGGAUCGGAGCCCAUGCGUAAAGCCCAGAGUCUACUGGAGCAGCUGAAGGCUGAGGCCAGUCUGGAUGUAGACUCAGAGGGUGGGUGGAACAGUUUCUCCAGCCGUUUUGACAGCAUACGCUCCUUCGGCCUGUGUGAGGAUGAGGAAGUGGAGAUUGAGGUCCAGGAAGACUUCAUGUCAUUUGAUACAGAUUUGGUGGCAGAGCAACUGACCUAUAUGGAUGUGUUGUUGUUCAAUAAGGUGAUUCCUCACCACUGCCUGGGCUCCAUCUGGUCCCAGAGGGAUAAGAAACAGAACAAGCACAGUGCUCCCACCAUCCGUGCCACCAUUACCCAGUUCAACGCUGUGGCAGCGUGUGUGGUCAGCACCAUACUGCACCGACGCCAGAUCCACCCGCUUCUCAGGGCACGGGUCAUCAAGCGCUGGAUAGACAUCGCUCAGGAGUGUCGCGUGCUUAAGAACUUCUCCUCGCUCCGUGCCAUUGUGUCUGCACUGCAGUCCAACCCACUCUACAGACUGAAGAGGGCCUGGUCCUGGGUGCCCAAAGACAGCAUGUCUACGUUUGAGGAGCUAUCAGACGUCUUCUCGCAUCACAACAACUACCUGACGAGCCGAGAGCUGCUGAUGGGGGGAGGGCACCUCUAAGUUUGCCAAUCAGGUAGGCUGUGCUAAGGAGCACCAGAAACACACUCACAAACGACUCCAGAGGAAAAAUGAAAUGGUGAGAGACGGAGCAAGCUACAAGCCACUGGCAGUUUGUGUUCAAGGCCCUGUUUGUGUUUACGUUUUUAAGGAGGGAAGUCAGUGAGAAGCUUGGCAGUGGCUGCAGAUGUAUUGGUAUGGUUUAUCCUAUGCUUUUACUUUUCCCAGGGUGCCAUGCAGGGACAAUACCUUACCUGGGCACCUUACUGACAGACCUGACCAUGCUAGAUACAAGGAGUGCGAAUUACGGGGGAGCCACAGGGAUGAUCUAUUCCCCUGAAUAGGCAAACUGGGGAGCGGGUCUCUAAAUAUUUAUAAUUAGACCAAGACAAGAACAUAACGCAUCAAUCUCACUGGAGAAAGCAUCCUUGCGAGCGAAAUGGCGCCUGUCAUAGUAUUUUGGGCGAGACAGCACUGGAUAUAUGGGCUACACAGACUGAUAUGCUGGUUUGCUCGCGCUGAGAUUCAGCCACUUGUGUAUUGAAGGAAAUUUAUGAAACAUUUCAUGUAUAAAAAAAUUUAAAAAAUUAAAAAAAAACAUUUUGGGGCGAAACUUGGCAUCCACUAGUAGUAGGCCUAAUAGCAAUCGAUGAAUGUCAUUAUGAUGUUUGGAACAGAUUUCCAUUCAUCAACUGGAUGCUGGAAUUAUUUUUGAGUAGAUGAAUGUGCACAGCUGCAGGUAGCUGAUUUAAGUGAAUUCUUCUUUUUAAUUUUUUUUUAACAAUAACCAGGUUUCCAUCCAACCUUUUCAUGUGAGUAAUGGACAUGCCAGAUAAAUGUCACGACAGGCCUGAUGGAAACACCUAAUUUGUUGGCAAACUUUCCAAUUUGACUAAACAAAACACUCAACAAGGUGGAUCUUGUCGGUGAGCUCUUCAACUUUGAGAAUAGGUGACAGACUGUUCCUGGGAGUUGACUCCUCAGCAGCCAGUUCCCCAUUGAGUGAAACAGCCUGGCCCGCCCUGCAUGUACUGUCGCUUGGUCUUCCUGUUGGCCAUGUCCCUUGCCUAAAACACCCAGGCCUCCUGCAUCAUCCUAGUAAGCCUGUGUUAUGCCAUGAACACCUCGGCCAACUUUGACUUCCUGCUGCACUGCUGUACAGUGCUCCAGCCCCCCCCCCCCCCCCAGAUAUGCUGGGAGACUGAGAAGGACCAAACAUGGGGUAAUGAGUUCAAGUCAAUGAGGUAGACUCUGAAUGACCUAUUCCCUUGUCCCCAAUCGGACCCCCACCGCUGUGCCCCCCUCCCCCACACCAGUAGCAGACUGUGGCCUUCCUGUCCACUGUGUACCACGUGGGGCUGCACCUCAUUGUGAGCUGUGUGAUAGGUUACUACUUGGUUUUAACAAGUUAUUUCCUUUUUAUUAUUGUCUAGCUGUCCUAUCUCACCUCUAUGGUGUAGUGACACAAAUAGGAUGGGUCUCUAUGUGAGGCCCGGAUUGCGCUGCCUGACGCAUUGAUUAGCAGUCCUAAUAGAAAUGCAUUUCUUAGUGUUUGGGUGACUUCGGGAGGUGGGAAGUAGAUGGAAUGAGUGACCUAAUCUUAAACUCUUUUUACCUCAGAACAAAAUGGAGUAUCAUUUAGUUUCUCUUUGAUUCGUUUUUUUUUUACAGGGCAGAAAACCGUGUCACACACAAUGAACAAAUCAUUAGGAACACCUCUUUCCAUGACACUGACCAGGUGAAGGCUAUGAUCCCUUAUUGAUGUCACCUGUUAAAUCGCACUUCAAUCAGUGUCGAUGAAGGGGAGGACACAGGUUAAAGAUAUUUAAGCCUUGCAAUAAUUGAGAGAUGGAUUAUGUGUUUGCCACUCCGAGGGUGAAUGGGCAAGACACAAAAAUAUUUAAGUGCCUUUUGAAUGGGCUAUGGUAGUAGGUGCCAGGCACACCGGUUUGAGUGUCAAAAACAUCCCUGUGGUACACUUUCAACACCUUAUAGACUCCAUGCCCCAACAAAUUGAGGCUGGUCUGAGGGCAAAAUGGGGUGCAACGCAAUAUUAGGAAAGUGUUCCUAAUGUUUUGUACACCAGUGUAUGUCAAUCAAACUUGUUGAGGGUGACUGAGGACAAUGUUUUUAAAUUGUAUGUUAAUUCCGAUUCUGUUCAGCCUGUCAACGUGGCUGAAUGUGGCUGAAUGUGGCUGAAUGUGGCUGAAUGUGGCUGAAUGUGGCUGAAUGUGGCUGAAUGUGGCUGAACGUGGCUGAAUGUGGGUCAGCAUUUUACAGCCCUUUUCUUGGUGUCACUUUUUUUUAUUUUAAAGUUCAUUUCUUACAAUUGUAGCUACACAUUUUUCCAUGGAGCUUUGAGAAAAUGUUGCGGUUUGAAAGUUUAUAAACGGCGUUUGUACAUUCAUCACUUUUGUUUUCAAGGAUUUAUACCAGAACUGGUGCUUGUUAAAAAAAAAGUUGUUGUUGCAAUUUAUAAGUUGAGGAUAAUUUUGUGAAGAGAAACAACUUUGUGCCGAAAGAGGAACUAUGUUUCUGGUUUCAUUUUAACCUAGUGAGUUUGGCGUGAUACAGCCUCAUUAUCUACAUGAGAGCCUCCCACCAGGGGGUAAGGAAUAGUAUGUUUCAUUUCAAACUUUGAGCAGUGAAAAUCUGCGUAGCAGGCAAAAAAGAAACCGCCCAUUUUGACAAAUACGACAUUCACGUAUUGCUUCGUACUCCAUUUGCAGGAACUGUAAUGUGUGCCGAGCCUCUUACAGGAUGUUCAGUUGGAAAUGUACUGUGCAGAACAGACUGUCAUUCAGAAUAGGCAUGUCCGUUCUUACAUUACUUUUGUAUCUACAACAUUCUGAACAGCCAGCUCCCUGUGCAUCGAGCCUCACCCAAACACUCACCCCCAAUAGUUUGUCACAGACGAUAUGAAUUAUAUUUUCACACUAGCCCACAAGGACACUAAUUCAGUUCCUCCUGUGCCGAGGCCUCUACACACUGACACCCACCCCCCUUUUAACGGAAUCCCAAGGAUACCGGCUCUCCCACACUGCCUAACCAGCAUUAACACCUCCACCCCACCUGUCUAACCCACACAGUGAAACCGGUCCCUACCAUAUACACUCCUACGUUUCAUCUAUUCUCUCCAUCACACUGGUUAUUACUAUAACGCUCAUUCUCUAAUACUGACAUUCUGGCCAUCUCACUGAGCAGUAUACUGGGCUGUUAUUGGUCAUUCAGUACUAAAUGCUGGGCAAGAUGUACUGUGGUCGAUUCUCAUGCAACACUUGUGAAUUUUCUCUAAUGAACUCAGUUUCUGUGUGUCUUCACUGCCAAAAUUCUCUACCUAAAUAAAUGAUCAUUACUA